UGUGAGUUGUGACACACGAACAGAGCGUGGCGGAGGAGAUGAUCGGAUGGGGCGACGUGUACAAGGUGGUGGCCGCCAUGGCGCCGCUCUACUUCGCCCUGGGCCUCGGCUACGGCUCGGUGCGGUGGUGGAAGCUCUUCACGCCGGACCAGUACGACGCCGUGAACCGCCUCGUGGCCUACUUCGCGGUGCCCUUCUUCGCCUUCGACUUCGCCGCGCGCAUGGACCCCUACGCGCUCAACUACCGCGUCCUCGCCGCCGACGCGCUCUCCAAGCUCGCCGUCGCGCUGGCCCUCGCCGCCUGGGCCGCCGCGUCCACGCGCUGCUGCCGCGGGGGCGCCAAGCGCGGCGGGGGCGGCGGGGAGCUAGCCUCCUCGUGGUGCAUCACCGGCUUCUCGCUGGCGACGCUGAACAACACGCUCGUGGUGGGCGUGCCGCUGCUGGACGCCAUGUACGGCGGGUGGGCGCGCGACCUCGUCGUGCAGAUCUCGGUGGUGCAGAUCAUCGUCUACUUCCCGCUGCUGCUGCUGGCGUUCGAGGUCAGGCGUGCGUGCGGUGGUGGCGCAGGGAAGCCUGACGCGGCGGCAGCGGUUUCAGCGAGCGAGGACGACGUGGAGGACGGCGGCGCGGAGGGGAGGAGGCGGCGCGAGCCGGUAUGGCCGUUGGUCAGAGCGGUCUGGCUCAAGGUGGCACGGAAUCCCAACGUUUACGCGGGCGUCCUCGGGGUCGCCUGGUCUUGCGUCACAAACAGGUGGCACAUCGUGACGCCGAGCAUCAUCGAGGGCUCGGUGCUGAUCAUGUCCAGGACCGGGGUCGGGCUCGCCAUGUUCAGCAUGGGCCUGUUCAUGGCGCUGCAGGAGAAGAUCAUCGUCUGCGGGGCCGGCCUGACCGCGCUGGGCAUGGCGCUGCGGUUCGUCGCCGGCCCGGCGGCCACCGCGGCCGGAGCCGUCGCCCUGGGGCUCCGCGGCGACGUCCUGCGCCUCGCCAUCAUACAGGCUGCGCUCCCCCAGUCCAUCACCACGUUCGUGUUCGCCAAGGAGUACGGCCUGCACGCCGAUGUGCUGAGCACCGCGGUUAUAUUCGGGACGCUGGCGUCGUUGCCCGUGUUGAUCGUGUACUACAUCGUUCUAGGCUUCGUUGGAUAGUUAACUCGGGCUUAUCGUGGGGGCGGAGAACUUGUUGGGUGCGCGAGUGUCAGGCUCAUUACUGAAUCUACACUGACUAUUAUCUUCAGUUAGCUGUACCAUCAGUUCCAGCACGCUCUAAAGACCCUCCGAUCAAGAUCAGACGGCCUGGAUGUAGCCGGCGAACCAGUCGCGGACCACUAAAGAGAUGACGUGAGUGAUCUCUGAUCGCCAUCCAACGGCCUACAUUUAAUUACCUAACUGGCGCCUUUUUUUUUGUUUCUGAUCAUGUCGCACUUGGCUUUCUCUUUUCGCCUGUUACUUCUUCAGUGUAAUGGCUCCUUUUUAAACCUAGGAUAGUGCAUCGAGUUGUAAUCAGGAUGUAAACCCUAGCCGCCACUGGAGUGGUUGUCCUCUACUUUUCCCUUUGCUAAUAUAAACCCUAGCUAGAAUCCUCUCCGAAUUCGGGGCUAACUAGUGAAAUUAUCCGAAAUUAGUGAUUGGUUGACCAUGAUCUUGACGGUGAUUUGUCUCGGGCGUGUUUGGUUCAU